UAUGCCUUUAGCACCACUCUAAAGAUAAAGGAAAUUAUAAUACUUAUUUUCUCACUAUAUAAACACCAUCCCCUUUGCCAUUGUUCCUCAUCACUAACUCAUUCAAUUCCCAAUACCAUUCAUUCAACAUAGCUCAAUGGCAGCAGCAGCAGCAGCUCUGGCAUUGUUGUUUAAGGCUCUCAUCUUCAUAGUUCUUUAUCCAGAGCUUGCUCAAGCACAACAGACUGGCAUCACAAGGCAUUACAAAUUUGAUAUUGUGAUGGCCAAUGUUACAAGACUAUGCCAUACAAAAAGCAUAGCGACGGUGAACGGGAAGUUCCCCGGACCACCGAUCGUCGCCAGAGAAGGUGACAGGCUUGUCAUUAAGGUUGUCAACCACAUCCAGAGCAAUAUAACUCUUCACUGGCAUGGGAUUAGGCAGCUAAGAAGUGGAUGGGCAGAUGGUCCAGCCUACAUAACACAGUGUCCAAUUAGAACAGGACAGAGCUAUGUAUACAACUACACAAUUGUAGGUCAGAGAGGUACACUCUGGUGGCAUGCACACAUCUCAUGGUUGAGAUCCACCCUCUAUGGCCCCAUCAUUAUCCUUCCUACGCUUGGAAUCCCUUACCCAUUCACCAAACCAUACAAACAAGUCCCCAUCGUAUUUGGGGAGUGGUUCAACUCAGACACGGAGGCAAUUAUCAACCAAGCUCUUCAGACAGGUGGUGGUCCUAAUGUCUCAGAUGCUUACACCAUUAAUGGCCUUCCAGGACCUCUCUACAACUGCUCAGCUAAGGAUACGUUCAAGUUGAAUGUGAAGCCUGGCAAGGUUUAUCUUCUUCGCAUAAUCAACUCGGCGCUCAACGAUGAGCUCUUCUUCAGCAUUGCAAAUCACUCACUCACCACUGUCGAUGUUGAUGCCGUCUAUGUUAAACCUUUCACCACUGACACAAUCCUCAUCGGACCAGGCCAGACAACCAACGUCCUACUCCAAACCAAACCUGAAUUCCCUUCUGCCACCUUUCUCAUGCUUGCAAGGCCAUAUGCCACAGGCCUUGGCACCUUUGACAACUCCACAGUUGCAGGAAUCCUUGAGUACAAGAACCCUGAUAAAUCUCAAGCUUCAUUUAACAAGAAACUCCCACUCUUGAAACCAACUCUUCCAUCUCUAAAUGACACUUCAUUUGCCACAAAUUUCACCAACAAACUACGUAGCUUAGCAAGCUCACAGUUCCCUGCCAAUGUCCCUCAGAAAGUAGACAAGAAUUUCUUCUUCACUGUAGGUCUGGGCACAAGCCCUUGUGAUAAGAACCAGACAUGCCAAGGUCCAAAUGGAACCAAGUUCUCAGCAUCCAUCAACAAUGUCUCAUUUGUAAUGCCAACCAUUGCACUCCUCCAAGCUCACUUCACAGGCCAGUCUAAGGCUGUUUACUCUCCCUACUUCCCUAUCAUCCCUCUCCACCAGUUUAACUACACUGGAACACCACCUAACAACACCAUGGUGAGCAAUGGAACCAAGGUUGUGGUGCUUCCUUUUAACACCAGUGUGGAGCUUGUCAUGCAGGACACUAGCAUUCUUGGAGCUGAGAGCCACCCAUUGCACCUUCAUGGGUUCAACUUCUUUGUUGUUGGUCAAGGGUUUGGGAAUUAUGAUCCUGUUAAUGACCCUAAGAAAUACAAUCUUGUAGACCCUGUGGAGAGGAACACUGUUGGUAUUCCUGUUGGUGGUUGGGUUGCCAUAAGGUUCCUUGCUGAUAACCCUGGGGUUUGGUUCAUGCAUUGUCAUUUGGAGGUGCAUACUAGUUGGGGUUUGAAGAUGGCUUGGCUAGUGUUGGAUGGGAGCCUGCCAAACCAGAAGCUGCCACCACCGCCGUCUGAUCUUCCUCAGUGUUGAUCUUCUUUAAUUCUUUGAUUUUUGAAGAUUGUUUGUUUGCCUCUUGAUGGUGGUGGUUGUUGUUGUCGUUGUUUUAUUUUGGGGUUUUGAUAAAUUAUUGUGCAAUUGAUUUUGCUGACAUUGUAUUAGUCUGGAAGGCUUUGUUUUUGAUUUUUCAUUAAUAAAAAUCUCAAGUUGUUGAGUUA